UAAACAAAAUGAGACCACAAAAUCUAAAUCGUGUAUCUAUUGUUUUAAUUGCUGCUUUGUUAUGUCGAAGUGUGCAUUCACAGCUCCAAGUUGGGUUUUAUACAACUUCAUGUACCUUAGCGGAGUUAAUCGUCAAGGACGAGGUUAGAAAAGGGUUCUUUAAGAACCCAGGAGUUGCAGCUGGUCUUGUAAGAUUGCACUUCCAUGACUGCUUUGUUAGAACUAGAGGGCUUGGAUAUAUCGUUCCUGCUGGAAGAAGAGAUGGCAAAAUUUCACAAGCUUCAGACACAUUCACGAACUUACCUCCCCCAUCAUUCAAUGUCGACCAGCUCAGUAAACUUUUUGCAAACAAGGGUUUUACACAAGAAGAAAUGGUUACUCUCUCUGGAGCACACACCAUUGGCCGCUCUCAUUGCACAGCUUUCAGUAACAGAUUGUACAAUUUUAACAGAACAUCAAGGCAGGACCCAAGUUUAGACCCCCCGUACGCUGCUCAGUUGAAGCGGCAAUGCCAACAGGGCAACUCAAGUCCAAAUUUUGUGGUUCCGAUGAACCCCGCCAGCCCUGCUGUCACUGACACCAGCUACUACGCCGACUUUCUUACAAACCGAGGUUUGUUUACAUCAGACCAAACUCUCCUCACAAACUCAGCAACCGCAAACCAAGUCAAUCAAAAUGCCAAAAUGCCCUUCCUUUGGAGGACUAAAUUCGCUUAUGCAAUGGUGAAGAUGGGCAGACUUCAAGUCUUAACAGGCAAUGCUGGUGAGAUUCGAGCAAAUUGCAGGGUUAUUAACAGCUAGAGAGACCAGAGAGGUUUUCUUAUGCGUGCUCCUCAAACUUAAGGAUGGGGAUGCUUCAGCUUACUUUUCAAUUCUAGUUAUUUGUUUGUUUGGUUGUCCUUGUAUUUGUGUUUUUUCGGUCAAUGGUUGUUCUUCUAUUAGUUAAUAACAUAACAAGCACCUUGCUGUUAUGUUAGCCAAU